UCUCUCUCUCCCUCUCCCUCUCCCUCUGUGCUUACCUAGAUUUCCACAUUUCAAUAUCUAAAAAUAAGAGUUCACCGCAUGAGUUUAAAUCUUCAUAUAUAUCACAUUCAGAUACACAGAUAGAUAGAGAGAGAGAGAGAGAUGGGCAAAGGAAGAGCACCCUGCUGUGAUAAGACUCAAGUAAAGAAAGGUCCAUGGAGUCCUGCAGAGGACCUCAGGCUCGUAACUUUCAUUCACAACCAUGGACAUGAAAACUGGCGAGCUCUUCCUAAACAAGCAGGGUUGCUAAGAUGCGGGAAAAGUUGUCGUUUGAGAUGGAUUAAUUACCUAAGACCUGACGUAAAGAGAGGGAACUUCACCAAAGAAGAAGAGGACACCAUAAUAACACUGCACCAAACCUUAGGGAACAAGUGGUCUAGAAUCGCAUCCCAUUUGCCGGGUAGAACAGAUAAUGAGAUCAAGAACGUCUGGAACACUCAUUUGAAGAAAAAAUUGGCAUUUAACAAAGACCAUGCAGAUUCUAACAGGGAAAAAUCAAAGGCAUCACCUUCUUCCUCCUCGCAGUCUUCUUCUUCUUCUUCCAGCACAAUCAUUUCAGGUGGGAAAAGAAAUAUGGCAAUUAUAGAACUUGAUCAUCAACCGAAGCAUGGCUCUGUGAGCAAGAGGCCGCGUCCCUUGGAAGAUUUACGGGAAUUUAAACCAAGUAAUAAGGAAGCCAAAGAAGUGUCAAGUCCCUCUUCUUCUUCCCAUAAUUCCAACGUCACAAACUAUAGUAGUCAAGUUGAUGUUUCUAAAGCAGAUGAUGAACAAAUGGGCUCGCUUUUCAACUUUUCAUCAGGACCUUAUGAUGUUCCAUUGGAGGAGGUGAACAAACCAGAGAUCCAAGAUAUUAAUGCAGCAGUUGAGAUUCCUCUGGAGUCAGAUUUGGAUUUUUGGAACAUGCUAGAUGGUUUAAAUACCAUGCAAACUAAUGAAGAAGUUCAAUUACCCAAUGUGGUGAUUAGCCAAAGCUCAAGCCUUGGAGUUGAAUACGAUAUUAAUGGGGAAGUUGAAACAAGGAAGUGGCUUCAAUACUUGGAAAAUGAACUUGGCCUGGAGACAACACAGGAUGAAAACCAGAAAAAUUUAUCAGAAGACGCAGCUAAGCCAUUUUUAGCCCCUGAAAAUUACCAGUGUGAUGAGAUACCCAUGAAGAGUAAAGUGAAUUCCGAGAUGGGACAUUAUCAUUCGUGGCCUUCUUUGUGAAUCAAUUUCACUGUUAAGAGUUGGAAAAAAAAAAAGAAGAAAAAGAAACCCAGUAGUUUGUAGAAAGGAUAUAGUAGUUAAUUAAUUGACUUAAUUUCUCAGUGAAA